CCGCUUGUCUAGACAUGUCGUGCCGCAAUUACUAGUCGCUCUACUCCUCCCUUUCUAUAUCAUGAUCCCGCUGCCCCUCACUGCCCAGCACAUGUUAACCAGCUCACCUGAUUGAUUGUUUGUGAUCCUUUGGGCCAUUACAAAACAAACACAUUCAGUUCAGCAGUGUUAUACAGCACACGACACGUGACAACGUGUAAGUAUGGCAGAGCCACAGGACAAUCGUCCGGGCGAGGAAGAGGACGACGACGAGGAAAUCGAUGAAGCCAGCUACAAGACUAUCAAAGAUGCCGUCCUCUUCGCAAUCGACGUCAGUCCCUCCAUGCUCACCCGACCACCCAAGUCAGACGACAAGAAGGCGGAUCGCGACUCGCCAACCUCUGCUGCCCUGAAGUGCGCAUACCAAUUGAUGCAGCAGCGCAUCAUCUCCAAUCCAAACGACAUGAUGGGCAUAUUGCUGUUCGGAACGGAAAAGACGGACCUAAAGGACGGCGACAGCACAUUUCAGCACUGCUAUCUGCUCGCCGAUCUAGACGUACCCUCAGCCCACGACGUGAAGCGGCUAAGGGAUCUGGUGGAAAAUGAGGACGAGGCGGAGCCCAUCUUGAAGCCUGCCAAGACUGGCGCGAGCUUAUCAACAGUGCUCUUCUGUGCGAACCAGAUCUUCACCACCAAGGCGCCAAACUUCUCGUCGAGACGUUUAUUCUUAGUAACAGACAACGACUACCCAGUCAAGGUCAAGGCCGACAAGGACACGGCAGUCACUCGUGCGCGAGAUUUGUACGACCUGGGUUGCAUAAUCGACCUAUUCCCAAUAUCACAACCAGACCACAGCUUUGACCGAUCGCGCUUCUACGAUGAUCUCGUAUAUCCUACGUCCCCUUCUGAUCCUGACGCCCCAGCGGCUAUAUCCUCUACUACCAAAAUUGCAAAGAGUGGCGAAGGCAUAAGCCUCCUCAAGCAGCUCGUCUCCUCCAUUAACUCAAAGGCCACACCUCGUCGCGCCCUCUUCACCUUACCACUUGAACUCGGUCCUGACCUACGCAUAGGUGUGAAAGGUUAUAUCCUGAUUAAGCGUCAGGAACAUGUCAAAUCAUGCUAUGUCUGGGUCGGCGGCGAGAAGCCACAGAUCGUUACAUCUUCAACAUCGCACAUGGCCGACGAUACAGCGCGCGUUGUGGAGAAGACAGAGCUGAGGAAGGCAUACAAGUUUGGAGGAGAUGCAAUCACCUUCACGCCCGACGAAAUCACACGGAUACGGCAGUGCUUUGGAGACCCCGUCAUUCGAAUCAUAGGCUUCAAACCCUUGUCCUGUGUACCAAUAUGGGCCAACACAAACAAAGCCACCUUCAUCUACCCCUCAGAGGCCGACUUCAUAGGCUCAACACGCGUAUUUUCGGCGCUACAACAGAAGCUCCUCAAAUCGAAAAAGAUGGGCCUCGUAUGGUUCAUCGCCCGCCGUAACGCCUCGCCCACACUCUGCGCUCUUGUCCCCGCGGAAGAGAGGACCAAUGACGACGGCGAACAGUCAAUGCCGCCAGGCUUGUGGCUCAUCCCUCUUCCCUUCGCAGAUGACCUUCGCCAGUUUCCCGAACAGGCCGAAAGCCCGCUCAAAACUACUGAUGCCUUGACCGAUAAAAUGCGCCUCAUCAUCGAGCAGUUGCAGCUCCCCAAGGGCGUCUAUGAUCCAGGCAAGUACCCGAACCCUGACCUGCAAUGGUUUUACCGUAUUCUCCAAGCUAUGGCACUGGAGGAAGAGCUGCCCGAUCAGCCAGACGACAAGACAAUCCCUCGAUUCAAACAAAUCGACAAGCGUUGUGGCGAGUACAUUGAAGGCUACGGUAAAGAAUUUGAAGAAGCGUUCGCACAGCAGCAAAAGUCUUCUUUGGCUCACCGAGCCAAACCUACUGCAAAAAAGCGCACUGGAAUUGCCGAUGCAGACGAGAAGCCAGCGAAGCGGGUAAAGAAGGAACCGACAGUCAAGGAUGAGCAUGGAGAUGGGAAUGAUGGGGGCUUGACGGAUCAGCACAUGGCUGAUCUAAAUAACAAGGGGCAGAUAAGUAAACAGACAGUUGCUGUGUUGAAGGAGUACUUGAGCCAAAGGGGGCAGGCUACGAGUGGGAAGAAGGCCGAUCUGCUGGAAAGGGUGCAGGAAUACCUUGAAGGGAAAGGUCUCUGAAUGGAUCACAAAUCUACAUGCAUAUCAGUAGAACAAUACUUAAGUGGAAAUAUCCGAAGUAUAUUGAUAUUCAUAGAAGUAGUUAACUGAGCACGAGUGCUAUUUUCUACAUCAGGUCUAAAACGUGAUAUGAGAAUCAGAGAGAGGG